GGUGACCGAGCCGACUGCGAGGGCGACGGCCCUGGGCGCGGAUCCCCGAGGCUUCUCGCUGGCCCCGCGCCCCGAAGCAACCUCUGCCCCUCGGUUCCCCACGUGACCCGAGCGUCGCUGUAACGUCGAAGGGGUUCAGCGCCCCCGGAUUGCACGGCGCCCGGCCCCCGGUCCACAGGCCGCGGGUGCUCGCUGCUGCUACGUGCCCGGAGUAAUUAGCUCCCGUAACUAACGGAAUCAGCAUCCGCGCCUCAGCGCCGAGGAGGAAGUGAAGGCGGAUGCUCGCUGGCCUCAGGGGGCCCUGAGCCGCUGCGCGGGUGGAAUUUGAUCCCAGGCCUAUGGCACUAAAGAGUUGACUUUGAGGAGAGUUUUGCCGCUCAUUAGCGAGCUCCACUCUCUGGGCGUCCACUUCCCCGUCUGUAAAAUAAGGGUAGUAGUUUCCACCUAACAAGACCUGCCCGUUCGUUCACCGGACAGGUGUGUGUGGCGGGCGCGUCAGGCCUGCUGCUGGGUAACGGGUGCAGCAGCGAUCAGCCCGCACCUGGCACUGCCUUCUGUGCGCGGCGUAGUCUGGUCAGUGUUGUGGAAGGUACAGUGAGAGUCGUGUGCAAAAGGCUAGAACAAAUAAUAAAUGUAGGGAACAGAGAAGGUGUCUGAACUUGUGUCAUGUUGACUUUUUUUUUCUUGGUCAGCAAAUCUCUGAGUAAUGAAGAAAACUUGAAACUGUUUGGGAAAUGCAGCAAUCCAAAUGGUCAUGGGCACAAUUACAAAGUUAUGGUGACGAUACGUGGAGAGGUGGAUCCUGUUACAGGAAUGGUUAUGAAUUUGACUGACCUCAGAGGGUAUAUGGAGGAGGCCAUCAUGAAGCCCCUGGAUCAUAAGAACCUGGACCUAGAUGUGCCUUACUUUGCAGAUGUCGUGAGCACGUCAGAAAAUGUAGCUGUAUACAUCUGGGACAACCUCCAGAGACUUCUUCCUGUCGGACUUCUUUAUAAAGUAAAAGUGUAUGAAACUGACAACAAUAUUGUAGUCUAUAAAGGAGAAUAGCCCUUAGGGGUCAAUACUAUAGAAAGAUUUAAUUUCUGUCCAUAUUUGGAAAAUACUUUUAUCCCCUUGGACUAUUAAGAAGUCAUCAUGUAAUCAUUGCAUCUCCACGUUGUGUUCGGGAGUGAAUGAUUUAUUGAAAUCAUUGUAAGACUUAUAUUAAAUUCAAAUAAAUUUUGAAACCAAA